AUGGACAUUACGUUGCUGCAUGGGUUUGUUUUUCUUGUGCUUGGUAUUGAAAAAGUCCAAGGAUCUCAUGGAAAAAACCAAGAUCAUCAUCUUGAUUUAAUAAAAAUAAAUUAUACACAUUCAUUACUUGGUGUGAUCUUAUGGAGUGUACUAUUUGGGACCUGGUAUAGAUUUUUCUCAAAAUAUACAUCAUCAUCACCAGGUGUUGGUCGUGGUGGCAAUAAUAAUAAAGCAGCUAUUCUAGUAUCAUUAGUAGUUUUAUCUCAUUGGUUUGAGGAUUUAUUGGCUCAUAAUGAUGAUUUGUUACUUUUUACAUUUGAUAAUAGUCAACCAAAAUAUGGAUUUGCUUUAUGGGAUUAUCCAGAGUUUUUGCAUCCAUUAGAAUUAUUUCUUUUCUUUCUACCAUAUUAUUAUUAUCUUACCAGUACCACAACCAUCGCCAAUGAUAAUCAAGAUUUUUGGGCAAGAUGGGGACCAGCAAUUCUUAGCAUUGAUUCGAUUUUUACAUAUCUAUUAAUUAAUAUUACUAAUCCGCCAAAAAACGUUAAUGUUAUGGGUAUUGGGAUGGAUGGAUCAGGUGAUUUAUAUGUAAAGCAAACAUAA